AUGACUACGCCUCCAAAUGAAGAACUCUUCCCGAAGGAGAACCUCGACUUCGCCGAAAGCAUCACAAAACCGGAAUCUGAGAUUUUAAAAGAGGUGUUCGAGAAGUACGCUUGUUUCAACGAGGUUGGCGAGAUGAUCGACGCCGUCACGGCGAAGUCACCCGAGCUCGGCAAAAGAAUGCGAGCCGUUCUGAACGAGAACUGCGUCCGGUUGGACGGAAUGAGUCCGACCGCCGUGGAAUACAGCAAAAAGGUUAUCCACUUCGUCACUCAUGUGAUGUGCAGCCUAACUCUCGGCAAGCAGUUCUGUUUCGACGAGGCUGUCAAAUUGCACAACGAGUUCCAGAAGCUCCCUGCUGAGGACCAAGCUGCUCUGAAAAAGAGGAAUCCAGAUGUGGAAUUCUGA